AUGCUCAGUCUCGCAAAUAUUGUGACAGGCCUUUUAGCCUUGUCAACACCCAUUGCCUCGCGUGCCUUGCACCGUCGCUCCAUCACUCCUCCGGCUGGAUGCCCAAUUCCAACCUGGACAGUCAACAACUUCCAAUGGUACAAUGGCUCGCAUUCUCUAGACUGUAUCCAUAACGAAGCCGACAUCAAUGCCAAAGGAUGUCUCUGCGGGAGCGGCUGGUGUGACCCUAACCCAGCGACCUGCAAUGGGUCAAUGGUGCCAGUCUGCUACACUGGCAUGCCUAACUAUCAGCCAUGGGGAUAUGGCCCACCGGAAACUCUGGACAUUGAUUUCGCCGAUGGCCUGGAAUGCCACGACCAGUACAUCGGAUAUCGCGUUCACGAUAUUGGUAACGGAGCUAGCAAUUGCGGAUAUGCCGAUCGAGGACUCGGACGUAUUGUCGCCUUCUACGGUACUUCAGACCUUGACAGCUCGAAAGGGCAUAUGGAUUAUACCCUUGGAAGUGGUCAUGCUCUGAACUGUGCUAAUGGAAGCUCCAUUACUUACUCUGGAAGUGUGGAUUUCCCGCUUACUUGUACUCAUGAUGCGUACUUUAAUGCUACGUGCACAGCGCCCGUCUUUACCAUUCCGGUUCUGAGCUAUCAAUGGGUUUGA